AUGCCAGUCCCGUUCCAUGACCCCAUACCUCUAAAGGACUCUCCUUUGGCCCCUUCAGGUCUUGUCCGUUCUAGAACUUUUCCAAUUCUUACUUCCUCGCCAUUUACUGCUGAUAGUGGCGAAGAACAUAAAACAAUCAGCAGUCAUUUCGAUACGCCUUCAAGUUCUGACGAUACCCUUUCUGCCUCACAAACUUCUACUUCGUCAACUACUCUUUCUUCAUCUGCAUCAUCACCCUCUCUUUUUGUCGAGAAUACAGGCAUUGGUCCCAGUGAACCCAUUUACGGAAAUUCCUACGAUGAGGCUGAUUUGUCUCGUCCUCCAUUCCGCUAUUGGAGACCUCAAUCUACAUCCUUCCCUUUAGAGGCUAAAUUUACGCUCGGUGGAGGCACACGUCCGGAUACCGGAAUUGCUGAAUCCCAUAAAGACGGUUAUGUGUUUUCCUGUCGUGGGAAGGAAAAGAACUCUCACAUCACCCUUCCACCUUAUAUAAGCCCUGCCGACAGUCCAACUGAACGCCCCUCCACUCCUUUGACUGGAACCCCCUUCUCGAAGUUUACUGGUGGGGAUGGCUCUGAUGCUAUUCUUAGGGCCCAGCUUGGCCUCGAUAGUCCUAUUAAUUUCGACGAAAAACCAGCCACUUCUGUAACACGACGGGGUGCGAGAAGUGAUGUCGAUAGAGAGGCAACUUUUCCGAUACAGAACAGCCCCAUCCGGGAAGAUGAAGACGACGUCGGGAGAUCUAUUGCUGCUGUUAUGGCUAGCGAGAGCAACUCUCGUAGCAGGAAGGCAACACAAAGACUUGGGCUGUUCCGGGAGAAUGAACAGGCCAUUGAGGAACGUGGGAGAGAGAAACUGAGGCGGGAGGAAAAAGAAAAAGAGAAGGAGAGGGAGCGACAGGAGAAGCAACGUGCAAAGGAGAAGGAGAGGAAGGAGAGGUUAAAAGGUAAUGGAAGAAUGGUUUCUGUCACACAGUUAGGCAAGACAAUGGAGGAGAAUAAUACCCCCCCUCUAGACCCUUCUUCUAAUGUUCCUUCAGUCAAAAGUACGAAAGAUGCAUAUUCUCAAUCAUCAAGUGAUGAGCUCUCUUCCAAAGUUUCUGAUAAAUCAUCCAUACCGGCCUCUUAUUCCGGUCCUGUUUGUGGAGCAGUUGAUGGGAAUGGGCCUUCUGGGACUCAGUCGACGACUGAUUCUGGGUUGGACUCUGCCCUCAAGAGUAUCUCCCUCACAAACGGUGAUUCAUCAAGUGUCUGCGUGGGCUCUAAAAAUUCAUCCCCUUCCUCGAUUACAACGGUGGUUCCUGAAAGUUGCAACGAAUUCCCUUUUCCCGGAUGUCGAGAUUUAUCCAUAGAAAUACCCAACGACUUUGAACCGAUUGAAAGGCCAGACCACCCGGAGGACGAUGACGAUGAAGAGGAAGAAUCUGAUAAAGAUGAAAUCUCCUCUGCCCUAUACAUCCCGCAUCCAGCUCCGUCUCGUACCACAGACUCUUCAAUUGGUCAUAAGGCGGGUCCGGUGAAGGGUCAAUACAGUAACUCGGUCUCACAAAGGCCGUUAAUCGAGACUGAUAAACAGAAGGAUGAUGAUAUACGGCAUAAGGACCGUGAAGAAGGACCAGAAUUCGAUUUAUCUAUCCAAUCUGGGGACGACGAAUACAUUUACCAAGGUCGCCGACAAUCUGUAGUCGCGGAGGAUGAUUACAAGGGUUAUCACUCCAAUACAGAGGGCUAUUCGUCGGCUGCGUCAGGGUUUUCUGAUUUUUCCGAUAGUUACGAUGAGCUUUCAAAUGGCGAGAAUGAUCGUAGUGGGAGUGGCUAUCGAACUGCUUUAUCUGAGGCUGAAGAUACCACUCCAACUGCUACGCCUAUUGCCCGGCGCCCUCAUAUCAAAUACGACCAAGCUCUUGGGAACCGAAAGCAGCAUGCUUCUAGCGCCCCGCAGAAGGCCGUGCCUCAAGUUCCUUUGGGUGCUGUGGAGUUAAAGCCAUACAAUCAUCAGGUUGGAGGCCAUACAGCAUUGUUCAGAUUCUCCCGCAGAGCUGUUUGUAAAAGCUUGAGUAAUAAAGAAAAUGAGUUUUAUGAAGCUGUUGAGAAGAGGCAUCCACAGCUCUUAGGAUUUCUACCAAAGUAAGCCUAUGUUUCUCUAACCUUUUGAUGAUGAUUUGUAGCUGUGUUCCGGUUUUCGAUCGUUCCCUUUUUUUUCUUGCAGGACGUUGUAGGGCUGAUAUGUGUUUUACUAUGUUUAGGUACAUUGGAGUUCUUAACGUUACCUUUAGAAAGGCGCCAAAGAAGAGGAAGAGCAUCAAAAGGGAGGCUGUAACGAGCUCGCUUGAGAUUAACGGAUUGGCCGCGGAAAACGAGGCCUCUGCUAGGAAUGGCAAAAACGGUGCUGACCCUCGGCCAAUUGAGACAGAGUUUACGAAGGCCCCGAAUGUUGUGUAUAACUCGGAGGCGGCCUCUGGGGGCGCACCUUUCCCCCUCCCCCAGGUGGUCUUCGAGAACAAUAGACACAUUAUUCCUGAAAAUCUUUUUCGCUUUUCGGCCAGCGCCCCAUCCUACUCUUCGAACCCAGCAUAUUCUGGUAGUGACAAAGAGGGGCCAUCGCCGGGGCCAACUCAGGGGAAAGGGCAGGAAAACGCAGUGGCUGCGCCGGAUACAUUGGAGGCAAAUGCUACAGAUAACGGCAAUGAAACCAAUCAGGGCGAAACCCAUCCAAAAAAGUCUAUCUGGGGUGCUACUUCGGUGAAUCGCAAAUUGCAGGAACAGGUAUUGAGGGAAGUUUUUGGAUCCCCGCCUAUUCCCCGCGGCCAUCACUACACUCGUUCGCAUUCAAGGCCACGCCAUUACAAUUGCAAUCACUCCCAUGGUCAUCGACACCAUCACGGAUCACCUUUGAGCCCCGACGGCAGAGGAUGCAGAUCUAGUUUCAGGAGGAGUAGCACAGAUCUCGGACCAUCCCACCGGCAUCAAGCCUUCCCCGAGGAUCGCAAAAUCACAUCUGUUCGCAAUGAAGGGGAGAGGAGACACGCCUCGAGUACAGAUUUGAGGGCGCUUUCGAAGAGCAGCGACGCCAGUGGCAAUGCUGGAUCUUGCUUGAGCAGAUCCCCGACAACAACCGAAGGGCGGAGGGCUGUUUUUUCGAGAAGGCGGUCGAGUGGCAACAUAUGUAAAAGGGCAGACAAGCCAGAACCGUUGAGCCCACCAGUUCGUGAUAGUGCUGUGGAGGAUGAAGGCUACAGAGGUGACCGGGAAGACGAAGUGUUUAAGAUGGAUGAGGAUGAAGGCACGCCAGCUGGAAAGAAGACUUGGGCAACCAGAUGUUUGAGCCGAAGAGCGCCAACGCCACCACCGGUCUGCUUCACUGCCCCGGAAAACACCUCACAGACACAGCAGCCUCAUCCCACUCCAUUGCCUCUCGCCCUGAGAACAGAAUCCCUGGACCCUGUCGCUAUCAACGAAGCUCCAGAUAUCCCCAUACCCAAAGAAGUGCCCCAGCAGCCCAUUGAACGGGUGGAGCAUUUCCUUCUCCUCGAGGACCUGACAGCAGGCAUGAAGAGGCCUUGUGUCCUGGACCUCAAGAUGGGAACCCGGCAGUAUGGCGUCGAAGCCUCCAAGAAGAAAAAACAAUCACAAGCCAAUAAGUGUGCCGUUACCACCUCCCGUGAUUUAGGUGUUCGGCUUUGUGGAAUGCAGGUUUGGAACAUGAAGGAGCAGACCUAUCUCUUUCAAGACAAGUAUUUCGGUAGAGAUCUCAAGGCCGGGCGUGAAUUCCAGUCUGCACUUACCCGCUUCCUCUACGAUGGCCAAACCAAUAGUUCCAUCUUGCGCCACAUCCCUACUAUAUUGGAGAAGCUCAGAGCGCUAGAAGCCAUGAUAAGGGGACUUCCUGGCUACCGAUUUUAUGCUAGCAGUUUGCUCAUGAUAUAUGAUGGCAUGGAUCACGACAGGAACAUCGACCUCAAGAUUGUGGACUUUGCCAAUUGUGUUACAGCCGAGGAUCCGUUGCCCAAGGUUACAACAUGUCCGCCUAAGGAUCGGGAAGGCGUUGAUAGAGGGUAUUUGCGAGGUCUAAGGACGCUGCAAAAGUAUAUUCAGAGCAUCUGGCGAGAGGCCAAGGGUGAAGGGUGGGUUGAAAGAGGCGAGGAAGGCGGCCACGGAGGUGGUCACCAGAGGGACGACAUUGGGCCCGAUUGGGACACGAUUGGGGAUCUUGGGGAGGUUUCAACAUAGACUGGUAGUCAUGUGGCGCCGCGGAAGCCGUGGGAAUGAGUUUACGAUUGAUGCAAGUGGGGAAUAGCGAUUGAAUUUGGUUUUGCUGCAUGUUGAUUUUUUUCCGGACGGCUGUCUUUUUUCUUUUUUUUUUGCUUUUUGCUUUUGCUUUCUUCUCUUUACUCCCCCUUUUCCUUUCUUUCUUUCUAGUUGGCAGAAGUGGGAAGACGGAAAAGGGUUGGUGCUCGGAUUUGUUUCCGUUUCGUGCCCCGUGUUUUAUUGCCGAAGGGGGAAGCAACCAGGAGAAAAACGGGCAUUCACAUUGCAUUAUAAAUAGCUAUUUCUCUUUAUUUCUACUCCCGAUUGUCCGCACAUAAGUUAUUUUUAUUUUUAUUAUGGUUUUCUUUCUCUAUUGUUUUUACUACUUUGACCCUCCGAACUGUGUAAACAAGUCCGCUUUUUGCCAUCUUCAUUUCAUAUCCUUUCCUUUUCAUAGCCGGGUCUGUGUAUGUUUGUGUUUUUGUAUGUUUGCAUGCCACUUUGGUCACACCAUCGCAGCUGUAUUUUUGUAUUUUUUUUUUUGGCUCGCUGUCGAAUUGGAUUGGUACGGCGCUGCUUUUCAUACUUCCCCGUUUCUUCAUCCUAUAGCUUGACUUUGUCUCUUUCUUCCUUGUCUAUGGUACAUAACUUAACUAAUCGAGGCGGAAAGUACAUAUUCAACUCA